CAAACCGCCUCUCUUACGGUAUACAUCUCAAAUGCAUAGCAAUGAUGGACGGUUUGUUCACCACAGUUGGAAAAAUUACAAAGGCAAAUUUAAGGAACGAUGACGACCUAAUAGAUAAGUUAAAUCAUCGAUACACAGUUGUAUUUCUGGUUAUAUUCACCGUUGUUGUCUCAACGACUCAAUAUGUUGGAAAUCCUAUUCAUUGUUGGUGUCCUGCGUACUUUACGAGUAAUCAUGAGGAGUUUGCCAAUAAAGUUUGUUGGAUUUCGAAUACGUAUUAUAUUCCUGACAGGGUUAUGGCUGGAACGGGAAACUUAAAAGAACGUAUAGGUUACUACCAAUGGAUUCCUAUAGUUUUAUUAGUGCAGGGAUUUCUCUUCUUUCUGCCUUGCGUUAUCUGGAGAGUAUUUAGUAGCCGAUCAGGUAUUAAUAUUCAUAAUUUGGUGGAGUCAUCCGAAACUAUACAGAAUGCUCUUUAUCCUGAACGAAGAGAUAAAACGAUAAAGUAUAUGAUAAGACACCUGGAUCAUUACCUGGAAUACCAAAGGGAAUAUAGGGGAGGUUGUUGUGUUGCUUGUAAACAUUUCUUAUCGAGACAUCUAUGCCUGAUAUGCGGCAAUAGGUCGGUGAUUAUUUGUCAAGUUUAAUAGAGAUUGAAAAGGUUAAAACUUUGAAAAUUCCCAUUAAAAAUGAAAAUGUUUUGAUUUCGCUACUCUAAAAUUAUUCCCAAAGUAAAAAGGUUGGAGAAAUUUAAUCCUUUCCUGUUUUUUCUCAUCUGAAAUAUUAAACUUGUAAUAAUUUUUAACUUUUCUCUCCUCAAAAAACUUUAUAAUCCCUUACUUUUUCUCAAGUUCUUCUUUUAUCCUUAUUUAUAUGUUAAAUUGAAAGUUUCCUUCUAUAAUUUAAAUUGUAUGAUUGUUUAUAUGAAGGAUAUAAAUCAAUUCAUUUUUUCAUUCAUCAUUUUCAAUUUUUUUUUCAAAACUGACCUAUUUAAAAAGAGUUCAAAAGUUUCUGAAGCUAAAAAACUCUAAGGAUUUUUAUAUGUUGAAAGCUCUCUUUCAUGACUGAUUUUAUAGGAUUGAGUAAUAUUUUUCUGCUUAAAAAGAUGAAACAAGUAAAUAACGGACCAAUUUUUUCUUCAGUAUUAUGAUAGUACUAAAAUCAUCUAAUUAGUGGUAUUAAGAUAACAUAAAAAGUUAAUUAGCGAAUAAAUUGACUUGUUUAUUUAAAGAUACACACAUAUAUAUAUAUAUACAUAUAUAUAUAUAUAUUUGUUUAUUUAUAUAUAAACUCUAUACAUUUAAUCUAGUAACUUGUGAAAUAAUCACUGACCAAUGUACCUUAUAAAAAGAUACGGAAAUUAUUUAGUAGCACUUUACAUGUCGUCGAAAAUAUUAUACUUUGUCAACGUAAUAGCUCAGUUAUUCAUGCUCAACGGCUUCUUAGGAACAGACUAUCAUCUGUACGGAUUUGAAAUUAUUAGAGAAUUAUUUUAUGGACGAGAUUGGACAGCGUCUAGAAGGUUUCCACGUGUAACAUUGUGUGAUUUCGAAAUCAGGCAAAUGGGAAAUUUCCAUAGGCAUACGGUACAAUGCGUUCUACCCAUAAAUCUUUUCAACGAAAAAAUCUACAUUUUUCUGUGGUUUUGGUUCGUUUUCGUUUCUACAGCGACUGCAGUUAGUUUUCUGAGAUGGUUAGUUUUCAUUGGUAUGAGAUACAGUAGAGUUCGAUAUAUUAGAAGACAUUUAAAAGUUAUGGAUAAAAUUCAAAGGGAUAAUGAAAGAGAAAGAAAAUUAAGCUAUAAAUUUGCAGAAACUUAUUUAAGACAAGAUGGAAUAUUUGUAUUAAAAUUAGUAGGAAAGAAUUCAACAGAUUUGGUUGUUGCUGAUAUCGUGGCAGCACUUUGGGAUAACUACAAAAAUAAACCAAUACAUGGUGGAAGACCAGCUGAUGAAUAUGACGAUUCAGCCAGUAUAACAUAGAAACAAGUUUGUUUAUUUAUAUAAUGAAUCUUUUUACGUUAUUUCUAACAGCUAAUUUAGGUAUUUAUAUUAUCAAGACAACUAAAAACAAAUCCGUAAUAUUCUAUUCACCUUAAUCAAGAGUUUUUUCACUUUUAUGUAUUCUUAUAUCAUCAUUAAAAGGUCAUAAAUUAACAUUAAUUAAAUAAUUUAUCAUUCAAUUUUUAUCUAUAAAUAAUAAGAAAUUCAUAUGAGAUAGCAGACAUAGUGAUAAUAGCAAUCGUUGUUGCGUUUGUUAUUGAUGCUGUUGUUAAUAUUAUGAUAGAAGAAAUAAUAGCGAGACUGAACAAAAGAAAUAAUAUAAAAGAAAUAAUAAAAACAUAUUAGAAAAUAGAAAUAAUGAGAACGAUAAUAUAGGAAAAGGAGAAGUAUAAACAAUGUAAAGAAAUAUAUACAAGUAAUAGAAAGUUAAUAGAAUAAUAGAAUAAAUUAUAAAUUAUUUAUAUAGCUAUAAUAUGGAAAUUAGCAUAAUUAUGAAUAUAUUAAAGCUAUUAGUGUAUUUAUAUAUAAUAGAAUUUCAAGGAACUUUUAGCAAAGUUUUACAAAAUCCGUCUAAAAUUUCAGAUAGAAUCUCAGAAAUUUUUCUCACUAUCGAUACUAAGAAUCAAAGUUUUUUUUUCACACGGAAAUCUUCUAACGGCAUCAUAAAACGCUUUUCUAAAAUACAAAAACUGCAAACGAUUCCAGAUCGUCUGACCCAGAAAACAGUACAAAGCAUAAUAAGUACAUUUCUGCUGUAGGUAUUUGCAAUUUGCUUACACAGGCAAGUUCUAUUAGUAAAAGUAAAUUAUUGUCUAAGUUGUUUUAAGGUCAAGUUAUUUGUUUGACGAACAAACUUUUAUUUUAUUAUAUACAAAUUUGCAAUGCUUUAUCGUAGCAAAAACUUCUGAAAUCAACACUAAAACCUUAUUUGCCUUAUCAGUUGCAGACAUUGGGAAAAACUAUCCAUUUCUCGGUAGAUAAGCUAGUUUUGCGUAUCUGAAUGGUAUUUUAUUCAAUAAGACAGCUCUUUCUUACCUCGUUAAUCAUUUCAUUAUUCAUUUUACAUGACGUUUCACUGGGGGCAAGUGACCUCAGGUGUAUUCUCAAAAGAAGAUGGUUAAAUUCCUAGAAAUAUCAGAUCAACUGCUUCUACCUACUGAUAAGUUUUCCCAUCUUUUAGUAUGCCCCUGCAGACAUUCCAACUGCACAUAUCUUCCCAAAGUCUUUCCAAAUAUGGAGCGAUGGUAGAUUAGUCAUGGAAGAUAGUAUGUUUUUUUUUAUAGACAAAUUCAAAGAAGAAAAAUAAGAAAACUGAUAACAAGAAAGAAGACAUUUAUCUUUAUGACUGGGAAAAUUUAAUGUCGUUAGAUAUUUUUUUAAAAGAGUGAGAGAGCGAAAAAAGAGGCUACAUACAUUUAAUUUUUGUCAGAAUAUGCAUUAAAAAAUAUAUUGUACAUUGUUAAUGAAAAUCUUUUCUAUUCAUAUAAACAAACAAAACGUUCAACUGUUAUUACAUUUAUAUUAUUUAUACAUGUUUAAAGAAAUAUAUAAAGCUAUAUAUAAAAAUGAUAUACCUUUAUAAUAAUUAUAAUUGUUAUACCGAAAUAUACAAAGAAUAU